CUACCUGGAAUCACACGGCAUUAUAAACCAAAGUCAAAAAUGAAAACCCUUCUUGUUGUAAAGUAUCUCUGCGUGUUACGAACUCCAGUUUUUCCAUCAAUAUAAUUUAUCGGCCAACUAAAAUUCAACAAACCCACGCACAAAUUUUUCACACAUUUAGAAAAAAACAUAUAACGCAAGUCACACUCCAACACCCAUUUUUUGACCAAAUUCAUUAGUUUUCAGGACAUCAUGACGGCGAAGGUGCACAACAUAUUUCUCGUGAUAGUCGUAAUUUUUGCUACGACAUCAUUCUCAAUACCGGUUGAGGAUGAUCUUACAAUAACCGCAAAGGAGAAAUAUGCAUUGGAGCAGUUCAAACCAAUGAUGACACCUUUAAUGCCACAUGAAUACAUGCAAACGGAUAUUUAUCUAAUUAAAUGGUUAAGAGCAUCCAAACUCAAUCUUAAGGCUGCACGAGAAAUGAUUAUUAGCAAUCUGCGUUGGAGAGAAACAAACAGAAUGGACACAAUUCUGGAGGAGGACUUUUCUGAGUUUGAAAAUGACUUUCCUGCCAGUACGACCGGAACCGAUUACGAAGGACGGCCACUGAGCAUAAUCGACUCCUCGAGCUGGGAUGUACGCAAGGCAGUGGUCACAGGAAAAGGAGACCAGCUUAUGCGGUAUGGGUAUCGACUAAUGGAAACUGGAGUACAGAGGGUUUAUGAAGCCCAACGCCGACAUGAAAACGUGACCCAGGCCACAACACUCAUGAAUAUGAAGGGUUUCAACCUCAUCCAGCACGCCUGCUUAAAUUGUAUUUCAUUGUAUGUCAAUUUCGUCCUGGCAUUCGAACAUCACUAUCCAGGAAUGGCUCACCGAGUUGUGCUCAUAAACACUCCAGCAAGUUUCGAAAUCGUUUUGGCUGCAGUCAGGCCUGUGAUGAGCAAGGAGACUAGAGAGGCGUUAGUCAUUUUCGGAACAAAUAAGCAGCAAUGGCGUAGAUAUAUUUUAAGUAUGGUUCCACCUGACCAACUUGAUCAUCAAUUUGGUGGUAAUAAGUUUGAUUAAAUAUGUGGUUUGAAAAUAUCAAUAAAUUUGAAAAACAACAGUA